AUGCCUGACCCCGACACUGGCCGUGCCUGUUCCCUGUGCUGGCCAUGCCUGUCUCCUGCCCUGUCCCUUGCGCUGGCUGUGCCUGUCCCCUGCCCAGUUCCCUGCGCCAGCUGUGCCUGUCCCCUGUUCCCCCUCUGCUCCGUCCCCACACUGGCCGUGCCCGGUCCCCUGCGCUGGCCGUGCCCGUCUCCGCCCGGCGCCGCCGCGCCCGGGGCCGCGCUGCCCCUCGCUACAGACUCUAUUAAUAAAGGUGUCGCCGCCCGCGGGGCGCUGGGGCCGGUGGCGUCGGGGGAAGGGGAAGGAAGGGGGAGGGGCCGGACGGGUGGCUUGGCCGGUCAGCUGACCGGUCACGUGACACGCGGGGUCCGCUGGCGGCUCCGUGAGUGCGGGGCGGGGGGCGGAGGGGGCGGCCGGCACCGUCGGAGCGGGCGCCGCGCGGGCCGGGCCCGCGCCCGCUGUCCUGCCCAGCCGUGGCCUGGCCUGCCCGGAGCCGGUGCCGCUCCUGCACCGGCGCCCUGGGCGUGGGCGGGACGGGAAGCUCUGGCGCCCUUAAAAGCGAGACUGGCAGCGGCCCCGGGGACGGGUAGCCAGCGAGCCGGGACCGGCUGCGGGUGCCACGGGGACAGGAGGCUUCGGCAGCGCUGGUGCUCGCAGGCCCCGGGACCCACCAGGGGCCGCGGAGGGGCCAUGGGGGCCGCCAGCGCCCUGGGCUGGCGGCUGCUGCUGCUGCUGCAGGCCGUGAACUGGGCCGCAGGUGCCCGGCCCUGCAGCCCCAAGUACUUCGGCCGCGAUGCCAUGGUGUGUGUCUGCAACGCCACGUACUGCGACACGCUGGACCCCGUCGUCCUGCCGGCCCCGGGCACCUACGUCAAGUACGAGAGCAGCAAGGCCGGGAAGCGGCUGGAGCGCAGCCAGGGCAGCUUCCAGCACAGCCUGCACGCCCCAGAUCUCAUCUUGACUGUGGACAUGACCCAGCGGUACCAGCAUGUGAAGGGCUUCGGUGGCUCCGUCACUGAUGCAGCUGCCAUUAACAUCCUUUCCCUGCCAGCAACAGCCCAGGACCACCUGCUCCGCUCGUACUUCUCUGAGGAAGGGCUGGAGUACAACCUUGUCCGGAUCCCCAUGGCCAGCUGUGACUUCUCCCUUGAUGCCUACACUUAUGAUGAUGUUCCCUUUGACUAUGAACUCACCCACUUCAGCCUGCGAGAUGAGGACACAAAGCUAAAGAUCCCCAUCCUGCACCGAGCCUUGGCCAUGAGCAAGCAGCAGCUGUCGCUGUAUGCGAGCCCCUGGACAUCCCCAACAUGGAUGAAGACCAGUGAGUCCUUUGUGGGGAAGGGGACACUGAAGGGGCAGGCAGGGGACAAGUAUCACAAGACCUGGGCCAACUACUUUGUACGGUUCCUGGAUGAAUAUGCCAAGCACAACCUGACCUUCUGGGCAGUGACAGCAGAGAACGAGCCCACAGCCGGGCUGAUCAACAACUACCCCUUCCAGUGCCUGGGCUUCACAGCUGAGCAGCAGCGGGACUUCAUCGCGCAGGACCUGGGCCCUGCCUUGGCCAACAGCUCCCACCACAAAGUCCAGCUCAUCAUCCUGGAUGACAAUCGGCUCCACCUCCCACACUGGGCCAAAGUGGUUCUGGAGGAUGUGAAAGCGGCUCGUUAUAUCCAUGGCAUUGGCAUCCACUGGUACCUGGACUUCAUCGGUCCCAUACAAGACACGGUGGUGCCCACUCACGAGCUCUUCCCUGACUACUUCAUCCUGGCCACAGAGGCGUGUAUCGGGGCCCACUUCUGGGAGCGGGAUGUUAUCCUGGGCUGCUGGGAGCGGGGGAACCAGUACAGCCACAGCAUCCUGACGAACCUGAACCACUUUGUGGCCGGUUGGACUGACUGGAACCUGGCCCUAGACCUGGAGGGAGGCCCCAACUGGGUCAAGAACUAUGUGGACAGCCCCAUCAUUGUGGAUGCCAGUGAAGGCAUCUUCUACAAGCAACCCAUGUUCUACCACAUGGGGCACUUCAGCAAGUUCAUCCCUGAGGGCUCCCAGCGCGUGGGUCUUGUUGCCUCCAGAGAGUCCAAGAAGACAGAUCUGGAGUACACGGCUUUCCUGCGCCCCGACGGUGCUGUGGUGGUGGUAGUUCUGAACCGGUCCCUGCAGAACAUCACCUUUGGGUUGGCUGAUACUGUUGGCCUCAUUGCGGCCGUGGCUCCAGCCAACUCCAUCCAGACCUACCUGUGGCAGCGGCAGUGAUGGAUGCCCAUGGCUGGCUAGGGAUGACCAAGCUGGACUGGGAGAGGAGCCCCAUGCUGCCUGCGCACUCGGGCCAGGGAGCAGGGAGGAGGUGGCUCACUGGUGUCUGUGCCGUGGUGGAGUGGAAGAAUGAGCCAUGCCAGGGAGUGCUGGGCAUGUGCAGGAGGGUCAGGGGCAUCAGCGCCCCUUGGGCUGGAGUUCCCACAGGCUCUGAACGCUGUUUUCUGCUGCUCCAACAUUAAAAACUGAUGCUGCCUCUA